AUGGAAGAAUCUUCAUUUACUAUCCCAGCUGACGACAAUGGUGACACUGAACUCGAUCCUAGAAUACAGGUCAAUUAUUUCGCCAACGAGCAUAAUGGAUACGAUAUUUUAUAUCAAAACAUGAAAUACGGACUUAUAGCCAGUAAGGAACUCUCGGAGUAUCUCAGAGAAAGAUCGAAUAUUGAAGAAUCGAAUUCGAAACUUCUCGCCAAACUUGCUAAACAGGCUAACAGUAACUGUGCACAGGGAACUUUUGCGCCAUUCUGGGGUGUAUUGAAGUGUUCCGCUGAGAAACUUUCUAAUCUUCAUCAGCAUAUGUUCCAAAAAGUUAGUGAACUUGUCAAAGAUGUUGCCCGAUAUGCUGAUGAUCUACAUAAAAAGCAUAAGGCUGUAAAGGAUUCUGAAUCUAGUACUCUAGAAGUAGUAUUACUUAUACAGAACACUAAACAAGCUCUGCAGAAGGCUAAAGAUGUGUACACAUCAAAGUCUACUGAAUUGGAGAAGCUAAGAAAAGAAAAUGCCUCCGUUAAGGAUAUUGAGAAGGCUGAAAUUAAAAUUAAGAAGUUACACGAGGAUUAUAGACAGUUGGCUGAAAAAUACAACCUGGUGAAACAGGAUUUUGAGAAGAAAAUGACACAAACCUGUAAACACUUCCAGGAUGUUGAAGAAGCCCACUUGAAGCAAAUGAAACAGUUUGUUAAUGUAUACGCUGAUAUCAUUCAAAACAAUCACGACCUCAUGGGGCAAGUACAUAGGGAUUUUAAGCACCAGUGCCUGGAAUUAACUGUAGAAAAACUCCUAGAACAAUUUCUUGUUGACAAGUACAAUGCCUUAGAGAAGGCGAACCUUGUUGAGUUACCCCCGUCAUUACCAAAGCCUGGAUCAGCCAAUAAUUCAAUAUCAGAAGCUGACCAAAUAUCUACAGUUUCUAAUGGGUCACAUAAGCCAGUACAGCCGGCUAAAGCUCCUAAAAAAGAACCGUCAUUUGCCACGAAGACAUCAAGAAGGACCACUUCUCUGCUUAAUUUGUUUACACCAAACUUCCAGAGUAAAGAUGAGCCCAGUGUCAGUAGUGAAGGUGUCGCGCCGUGUUCAGCUCCAUCCAGCCCAAGUGGAACACCUGCUACACCUGUGGCUCCGGAAAAAGACGACAACAUGAAUCGUACUACACUUCGUGAAUCCAAAUGGUUCCUACGUAGUAGAAGAACUAAAACUAAACUUAAAAAAUCUAAAAAGAAAAAAGAUGAAAUUUCAGAAAAUUCGAACGCAGGUGAUAAGUCAGAUUUGGAAGAAAAGGAAGAGGAGGCUCCCACUAAAGAGGACUUAAUGCAUUCGCCGGAAGUUGACGAAGAAGGUUUUCGUAUUAGACCAAAAGAUGAGAAGGGGAGUGUGUACUCUUCUACAGACUCAGAUUCAGAAGAAGAAAGAGAACAAAAAAUCCAUGUUGAAAUAAAACCAAUAAGCAAUGGUAGCGCGCCCAUGUCAGCCAGCGUAGAUGAGUUGAGAGCCACAGUAGAGAAUAUAAGAUACAAAAUAGGAACAACGCGAAGAGGUUCAAAUAUUAAUGCAAGCAAAGCUAGUAAUGAAUCAAACAAUCUUAUUGACAUCUUUCAGAGCCCUAACGCUAGUAACCCUGCUUCACCACAUGGUAAUGUCUCGAAUCCCUAUGCACCAUUACAAGGCAACCAAUCCCAUGUACUCGAAAGUCCAACUCCCGUGUCUGCCGCCGAUGUCGGCGAUCUCUUUUCUGAAGUUGGUGAAAUGAUACAAAGUAAUUUUAGAACGUCUACUCCCACCAUAUCCACUAUAUCAUUGCCUCGACCGCCAUCUAGACGAUCUGAAGGCGAUUUCCGUACGGCUGGUUCCUCCGGAUCCCGUGGUCCAUCGCCGCUCACUAUAGGCAUGGCAGACACCAUUCCUCUGGCAGUCGCAUUUCAUGAAAUCAUACACUCCUAUUUCCGUGGAACAGAGGAAAGUCGAUGUCAAGUAAAAAUGUCGGGAGAUAUGAUGCUUUCUUUUCCUACUGGAAUUGUAGGUGUCCUCGCGAACAAUCCCAAUCCGGCAAAGCUUUGCUUUAGACUUAAAAACAUACACCGACUGGACAACGUGCUGCCAAACAAACAGCUUAUAAGCAUUAAUGCAAUGAUGUCAACUCGUGACACUACUGUAGUGGAAUUCAAUAUGUCCGCGCUAACUUCUCUUUUGAAAAGACAAUCUGAAAAGAAUCCCACAGCUCAAUAUUUCAACGUCGACAUAUUGAAGUAUCAGGUUAGGCCAAAGGCCGGGGCCGCGUCUUGUCCUUUGCAAAUGGUGUCCUAUUGGAAAUGCGAGAAAGAUCACACAGAUCUAAAAGUCGACUACAAGUUCAAUCUCCACGCUAUGAGUCCCCCCUCACCCUUGCUUAACGUUUCUGUAUUUGUACCAAUGAAUGGAUCUGUGAAAAACGUCAUUGCUAUGCCAAAAAAUACAUGGAACGCGGAGAUAGAGCAGGCUCUAUGGCGAUUCACAGAAUUGUCUCAGCAUUCUGAAGAUAGAGGAGUCGGUUCAUUACGAGCACGAUUCGAAUUACUCAAUGGGCCAUCUACAAAAACAACAAUAUCCGCCCAGUUCAACUGUGAAGGUGCAACCCUGUCCGGUAUUGAGUUUGAGUUGGUCGGGAGCGGGUACCGUCUCUCCCUUGUGAAACGUCGCUUUGUUUCUGGAAAAUAUAUUUGUGAUAUACAUAUAUGUGGUAACCAUAACGAUGUCUCGAAUGUUUCCCGUCUCUACGCGUUGCUAGUUGCUGGUUGUCGGCACGUCUGUCACGGAUGGCUGGUGGGUACCUACUGUCUCAAUUUGCUAUAUUUUCAGGUGGAGCUUGAGAAUUUGAACGCUGCCACAGACGAGAUCAACAAACUUGAACUGGAACUAGAUUCUAGUAACUAUGAACAUGAUACCAUUCAGACCAGUUCUGCAUCCUUACUACGACAUCAAACGAGACACGUAAACGCUCGGUGCGCAGGCGCAGCGCGGCGCGGGUCAAUUAGAUCCAACUCCGAGUCAAUGAAAACCUUCCACCUGCUGCUGAACGAGACAUCGCGCCGGCUACAGGCUCUGACAAAACGAUUGGGCACAUGCGUUGAUAAGUCACGUCCGUAUCACGACGCUGUCGCAGCAUCAGCCAGCGCAAGAAGUGAAUGUCAGCGAGCUGCCGUACAGUAUCAGAGGGCUAGCGAACUCCACGCCGCCGCCAAGGAGACGGUGACUCUGGCUGAACAGAGGUUCGUGAGCAAACAGGACGAGUGGCAGUUUGAUAACAACUGGCAGGAAGUGCUCAACCAUGCCAUCAUUAAGGUCAUGGAUGCUGAAAAACGUAAAGCGGAGAGUGGGAGAGAACACCAGAAGAAAGCGGCUCUUUAUAUAGCGGCUGAGAGAAAGGUCACACAACUCGAAGAGAGUCUGAAACGUAACAUCAUAAAGUCAAAAGUUUACUUCGAAGAGAAGAAACUAUGCGAUGAACAACUACAAGCUCAGAACGAGAAGAUUGAAAAGUUACAGCGGCUCAUAGCGGACGCUAAGUUUAGAUACUCGAAAUCUCUGAAAAUUCUCGAGGAAAUAUCUGAAGAGAUACACAGACAGAGAGGGGAAUAUCUACCAGGGAAAGAUGGCAUUCCAGUGGGACCGAGGGAGCCGGGGGUGGGGGCGGAACGGGAUCCUGUACACGACGAGACACAGGUGGAGGGAAGUGACAACGACGAAUCCAGCUUACAGGAACUGAGGAUGAGGGUCCGGGAACUGGCGCUGAAACCUAUCGACAGAAACGACGUGGAAACAGACGAGGCGUGGGCGCAAGAACUGAACGAGACCAUCAACAAGCUGGACCAGCUGCUCAUGAUGAAGGAGUCCAACCAACAGAAGAGGUCCAAGUUCACGGCCAGCUCGCCGAGGAACGCCAGCGCGCCCUCCACCAGCACCAACACCGGGAAGUACAACCAGCCACCCAGCGAUACCUGGAACAACGAUACAAACCUCUCACGGCCGAAAUCAAUCAGCAGGGAGGUUGUAUACGACAUGAACCCGCCGAUCACUAAGACGGAUAAAUCUAAGAGCAUGAUGUCGCUGGAUGUACUGGCUCUGGCCAGAGACGCGUCUAUGAAGGACCGCGAGUCAUACCUGAAGGCGGUCAUAGAAGACAAGUCACCCACCGGCACAUACACGGAGAGUAACUCAGAUAGGAACGAUAGUCCUGAUGAUAUUCUGUUGGUGGAAUGUGACUCGAGCGACUCAACACAGACUCCCGUCAUCAGAAUGACCAGCUCCGCCCUCACGGACAGCGACCACAGCUAG